CAUAGAAUUAACCUCCCAGUCUAAACUAUCUUCUGAUUUUUAGAUGGGACUCUUAUUAGGUAUAAAGGUUUGCUUUUGCUUCUGCUUGGCCAACCCAAGAAGAACAUUAUUAUGGUGAGAUUGGAGUGGGUUGUGAGUACGUGGACAGGAUGCUCUCCUAUACAUCUCAAGGCAAGUCUCUGCCUAGAAGAGUAUUUGAGCUGCCGUCCUUCACUGUCUAAACUAGGAUUUAAAAUAUCUCUAGAGACGGCAGAAGUAACCUGAUGGAACUAACAGCAGAAGACAGACAAGAAUACAGACUGUUUUCAAGCAUUGAUCGUGAGCUCGACAGUUCACCAGACAGAUGCAAUUCCUCUCUCAGCAUUACUGUAAAUACUCAAACAUAGAACACUUGAUGUGUUUGUCAUCUGUGGCAACCACUGUGUUUUCAUACCAUGUCAUAAAUACUCAAAGGCUGCUGCGAUCUCACCCUUUGAUAUGUGGGCAAAUGCAACAGCUAAUUUUUCUUCGCAUAAACAGCAGGAGCAGUUGCAUUUAGAGGAAUGAGCAGGUGGGAUUCUCAGUAAGUGAUGACUCCACCUUCCUUCUUGCCCCUCAAACCCUGUUUCAGAAGAUUCAGAUCAUCCAGAAGUAGUAAAAAGCCCACAGUUCAUAAUCUGUUUCCCAAAUACCAGCGGUUCAGAAAAAAAGAAAGAUCCUUUCACUGCAGGGUGCCAGAGUUUUGUCUUCUCUAUAUUCCCAGAAUUGGUUCAUUUCUGUUUGCGGCACCUCUCUGGAAUGGAUCAACUUCAUUCAGAAGUUGUUGAUCCACUGGGCUUUUGCAGAGCACUCUUCCUGCCUGAAAUGGUUUGCAAAAAUCGUCUUUGUACCACCAGUGAAAGGCAAAUGGUAUUGUAGUUUCAUUAUGGACAGGGGAACAGAGUGGCUGUGUAACUUUAUCAAGAAAAGAAAAAGUAGAAAAAGUGAGAAGUGGUGUAUGGUUUCUUCCCCGUUUCCCAGCCAGUUUGAUUCAUUUGGCUACAAAACCAGAAUGAAGAUUUUACCAAUCCAAUUAAUAAUACGUGAAAUACAAAUACAUUUCCAACGUAUUUGGAAAUGGCAGGAAACGUUGUUAAAAGCAAACCGCAGCCCUUUCCUUGUUGUGUCACUAGAUGGCCCCACGUCUGAAGCAAACACCCCAGAAAAUAGCUGCUAUACUGGCUGACCUUUUGCCUCCUCUGCCCGGUACUUUUUACAGGUUGGCAAACACACUGGUAGGCAUUAGUUUCAAAAUAAAGCAUUAGCUGAAUGUGCUAUCUUAAACGUGCAAAUGAGCAGCAGAAUGCUGUAUGAUACCUGCAGCUAUGGGCAGUGCAGGGGGAGCAGAUAGGUCUAGCCUGAGCAAGGAAGGGCACGCUGAAGAGGUAGGUUGGUUUUGCAGUGCAUUGCACCACCCAAAAGCACCCUGGCUUGGAGGAAUAAAGGUUUCUCCAAUAUCUGCAGUUGGCUGUAGUGGUGCUUCAUUCCAAGAGACUGAGAAGGAUAGCAUAAUUGCCUUGUUCUGCAAAUAUUCCUUUUAUGCAUCUUUUGGGCUUUAAAAGCACAAAGCCUCAAUCAGUGUGGCAGAGUGCAGCAGAAGUCAUUGCUACCAAAGCUGGGGCUUUGCCUUGCAGCGUGAAGAAGGUGAAGCUUUGUGGGCUGGUGGCCUGCAGAGCCCUAAUGCUUGGGCUGGGCUUCUCUGGGAUGGAGGCAGCCACUGUUUGGGUGUGGUAGAAGCUGGGGGUGGGUGUCUGUGCAGGCAACGUGCACAACAUGGUCAGCAGUAUGUACGUGCUGUGAAAGCAACAUAAAAACUGCCGCACUUUCCCCAUCCACUAAGUCAGUGCCCGUCUGUUGUGCUUACGCUGGGUCCUCAAGAGUAAUGCUGAAAGCCAGCAUCCUCAAAGAGACCGGAAGUGAUUUAUUUACCUAAAUGUGGGUUUGGCCUUACCUGCUUUUCUUGUGAUCCCAGCUUCAGAUCACAAUGAGCAAAGUCGAUACGCUGAUUUGUAGAGCUUUCCUUGUAGCUACUUCUAUUAUGACCCUAAAAUUCCAGAGUUUACAUCUGGAGACAUCCAGCAUAUAUGGUAAUUUUCAUCUGGGUAAAGCUUUUUUCCAGCGUCUUGCUAGGUUAGUUUCCAGUGCCCCUUUUGCUGUACUUAAUAUUGCACUGUAUACUCCCACAGGUGUAGCUUCACUGAAAAAAUGGCAGAGAUGUCUUACUCUGCCUUGUUGUUAUCUCUGAACCAUUUGUGAAUGCCUUUGGUCUCUCCAGGCUGUGUAAGGAAAUCUAUUGGCCUGAAAUUUCUUUGUGUCAGGACCUGACAUGGGUCAUUCCUGUGUUAAAAUUGGGCAAGUUUGAUAUCAUCCAAAACUAUUAAUUCUUCAAGUGCAUUUCCUUUGUGUUUGUGGAUCAAGGCCCACAAGAUGGGAAGUGUCAACAGUGUGCAGCAGGUCUGCAUAAUGUAGUGUAGUUGUGCAGAUCCCUGGCCUGUUCUCAAUCACUUCGAGUGCUCAGAAAAUGGGUUUCUAAUUGCACAGGAGGGAUGCAGCCACAGUGGUGCAUGUGGUUUGCUUGCACAGCUCUUGGAGAUGCUGUGCACGAGGUCUGCAAGAGCCCUACCCUGAAAUUCACAAUCGUCUGAACCUGUUGGAGAUCCAUAGUCACAGCAAGGCCAGGAAGUUAUUUUUCAACCUCAAGAUAAUUUUCUUUUCUCUAGGAAAAGGUUUCUACCCAUCCACUAGCCCUGAUAAUGUGUAAGAAAAAUUGCAUUCAAAACCACUUUACUUCUGUUUAUUAACAGAUGAGCUGCGAACAGAAGCUCGUCGAAAAAAUCUCCUCAUUCUAAUUUUGCAUUACUUAAUGGAGGGAGGAUACGUUGAUGCUGCAAAUGCUUUGGAACAAGAGACAACAUUAGGCUUACGUGGCUUUGAAGUUUGUGACAACAUUGAUCUUGAGACAAUUUUGAUGGAAUACGAAAGCUAUUACUUUGUAAAAUUUCAAAAAUAUCCUAAAAUUACCAAGAAGGUCCUGGACACCGCAGAAAACAAACAACAGCUGAGAACUGCAGGAAAAAACAGAAGGGCAACAAGCUCUUCUCAGAAUCUUCCAAGGACGAAACAUCAGACAAUGCAACGACCAUCAUCAAAAACUUCACUUGGAAGGACGACAGAACUUAAAUCAUCCACCAAAGAGAGCCCCAAACAGAAUAAUGACAGUGCAGUUACUCCAGAGCAAUCUGACUUUGGCUUAAGCAUCUCAGCAAUCAACAAAUCUGGAGGAGCAGGAGAAGGUCCUCACCCAAGAAGGGACCAAAUAAUUGACUUCCGUGGGACCGUUCAAGAUGCUAUCAAAGUAUCAUCAAAUGGAAUAGCUUUGAACAGUCUUAAUUGGGAUCCAGAUCCAUCGGAGCGAUUAUUAAAACCCCUUAGUGCUUUUAUUGGCAUGACUGGUGAGAUGAGAGAACUCGCAACAGUUGUAAGCAAAGACAUCUACCUCCAUAAUCCAAAUGUGAAGUGGGAUGAUAUUAUUGGACUGGAUGCAGCUAAAAGGCUAGUCAAGGAAGCAGUUGUUUAUCCUAUAAGGUACCCACAGCUAUUUACAGGCAUUCUGUCUCCUUGGAAGGGUUUAUUGCUGUAUGGACCACCAGGUACUGGAAAAACAUUGCUUGCUAAGGCUGUUGCCACAGAAUGCAAUACAACCUUUUUCAACAUAUCAGCAUCCACCAUUGUCAGCAAAUGGAGGGGUGAUUCAGAAAAACUUGUCCGGGUGCUAUUUGAGCUUGCCCGGUACCAUGCUCCUUCCACAAUUUUCUUGGAUGAGCUGGAGUCAGUUAUGAGUCAAAGAGGCACUGUUUCUGGUGGUGAACAUGAAGGAAGUCGACGGAUGAAAACAGAAUUACUGGUGCAGAUGGAUGGCUUGGCCCGAUCUGAUGAUCUUGUAUUUGUUUUAGCAGCUUCCAAUCUGCCAUGCAGUGCAUGCCCGGUGUGUACGGUGGAGGACAGCGAGGAAGGAGAGCUGAGCGCAGUGUGGGGAAGCCCCAGGAGAAGCCAUGGACUUAGAACAAGCCAUCAGCCUGUAGUGGCUCUGCUCAGGCCGCCUGCAUGGGAGGACAGGAGGGAGUUGGAUUCUGCCAUGCUGCGGCGGCUAGAGAAGAGGAUUUUGGUCGACCUUCCAAGUAAAGAGGCGCGGCAGGCGAUGAUCCAGCACUGGCUGCCCCCUCUGAGCAACAGCGGAGGAGUGGAGCUGAGAACAGACCUGGACUACAGCUUGCUGGGCCAGGAAACUGAUGGGUACUCUGGUUCAGACAUUAAACUCGUGUGCAAGGAAGCAGCCAUGAGACCAGUGAGGAAAAUCUUCGACGCUCUUGAAAACCAUCAGCAAGGUAGCAGUAACUUACCUGUGAUCCGACUGGACAGAAUCACAACAGCAGAUUUCCUGGAUGUGAUUGCCCAUACCAAGCCAUCGGCAAAGAAGCUGAGCCAGAAGUACACAGCUUGGCAGAGAGAGUUUGAGUCAGUUUGAAGAGAAAAAUCCUAAAAGACUGAGAACUUCAAGGACUUUUGCUAUCCAAAAUGGCAUCUGUGUCACCUCCAAAGGACUGAACGGUGAUGGAGAAGGAAGUGCUGUUGUUUUUGGGAGAGAAUGCCGUGAGAAAUGCCGGGUAGAAAUCUUUACUUUGAAAAUGCAGUGGGGGAGGGAGGCUUGUUUUUAUUAGCCAUUUUCAAUGACCAUUCAAAAAUAUUCUUUAUGGCAGUUGCUAUGUAAUGAAAACUCUAGCCUUAACUUUAUGCAUAAAGACUUAAAGC